AUGGUGAGAAGUUCAAUGAAGGCUGAAUACAAUCUUGAUCAUCUCCCUCAUCAAAGGUGUUAUGGAAAUCAUUCAAAAACAUUGGUUCCAUUGAACAAGAACUCCCAAAUAGUCACCAAAAUCAAGCCUAAGAUCCGUAUCAUCCAUAUAUUUGCGCCGGAGAUUAUUAACACCGACGUCAAGAACUUCCGUACACUCGUCCAAAGUCUGACCGGAAAACCGGAUAUCACCAAAACCAGUUCUAAGAAAAAGACAAAGAGAGCUAAUAUUCCUGCUCCACCGCCUCCACCUCAAGAAUCCUACCAAGAACAUACGGCGGAGCAUGUUAACAUGAUUAUAGGGAGCCAUGUGGUGAAGGAAGAAUGGGGACCAGGUUCGAACACAAACACUUAUUUUGAUUUAGAUAGUUUGCUUGAUCUUGAUGAAGACGACAACAUAUUCUCAAGUCAAUGGUUUGAUCUUCAACAGCAAUAA